UAGCAAACCGGUUUAUACCAGACCGGAUUGCAUAUCAAUUGACGACCACUAAUAUAUAUAAAUAGUUUCUUAGCUUUAGGGUUCCUCUCCACGUCUCGCCUUCCGCAGUUGCAGCAACAGUCUCUCUUCUCACUCUCUCGCCGUCGCAAACAUGGGUAAGACACGUGGUAUGGGAGCUGGGCGCAAGCUGAAGAGGCUUAGGAUUAACCAGAGGUGGGCUGACAAGCAGUACAAGAAGAGUCACCAAGGAAACGAGUGGAAGAAGCCUUUUGCUGGUUCUUCUCACGCUAAAGGAAUCGUCCUUGAGAAGAUUGGUAUUGAAGCUAAGCAGCCUAACUCUGCCAUCCGUAAAUGUGCUAGAGUUCAGUUGAUCAAGAACGGCAAAAAGAUUGCUGCUUUCGUUCCCAAUGAUGGUUGCUUGAACUACAUUGAAGAAAACGAUGAGGUGUUGAUUGCUGGAUUUGGGCGUAAAGGACAUGCCGUUGGAGAUAUUCCUGGAGUUAGGUUCAAGGUGGUGAAGGUGUCUGGUGUCUCGCUCUUGGCUCUUUUCAAGGAGAAGAAGGAGAAGCCUAGGUCUUAGAGACUACUGUUUUUUCAAGCUUAUUUUGUUAAUGGAUUUUUGUUUCUUCAUGGCUUGAAGCCAUUACCUCUUUUCUGCUUCAAAGAUUCUCGAACAUGUACUAGUGGUUGAGUUUUAAACAUGGUUUUAUCUCAUCUGUUUUGGAUCCUGUUUGCCUAAAGUAAUAUAUUUACUUUGAAGCUUUCA